AUGUCCAGAAACCGUUCUCGAAGUUUCAUUUCUGCCGAAAAACCAGCUACCUACGAUGAAACACUCGACCAGUCAGCGUUACCCAACCUGAACUCUGACUGGGUGUACUAUCCUGGCGCCUGGGUAGUUCACAUCUUUUUGAUCUUUUGCGUAAAGAUCCUUUUCAGUAGCAUUCCUGGCGUGUCAUCGGAGGCUAGCUGGACAUUAACUAAUCUGUCGUAUAUGGUGGGCAGUUUCCUUAUGUUUCAUUGGGUAAAGGGAGUGCCAUGGGAAUUCAACUCUGGCGCUUACGAUAACUUGACUAUGUGGGAACAAAUUGACCACGGAGCACAAUUUACACCUGCAAAGAAGUAUUUGAUGGCUGUCCCAACCGUUCUAUUCCUUCUCAGUACACAUUAUACGUUCUACGAUGCCGUUACGUUUAUGAUUAACUUUACUGCUUUAUUAAUCGUUUUGAUCGCCAAGUUGCCCCAGCUACAUAGAGUUCGAUUGUUUGGCAUCAACAAGUUUGAAACGGACGAGUAG